AUGAGGGACUUCCUUAAAACAUUCGUCUUUCCAACUCUUCUGUUCGCGGGCAGUAUAACUCCGGCACACGCGAAGAUUCCCAUUACGGCGCUGAGAAGUGGGAAAUUACGUGCUCGCAAUAAUACCUGGGGAUAUACCCCAGGUGCGCAUCAUGGCUCGAACGGAGAGGUGUGGAGGAAGCCUUGGAAUGAUGGAAAGCUGCAUGAUGAGAUGGGCGAAUCAACAUCGGCAUCCCCCUCCCAUGCCAAUAAGCUUGAUGGGCCUAGUGCAUCUACACCAUCUUCCGGUGCUUCCAAGUUGGGAUGUCCUGCCUUCUCAGGCAACAUCACGGUGAAUGCCUACCAACUGUAUCCCGAACAUGCCGACUUCAACCGGGAUGACUGUCUGGUCUACCUGAGUGCCCUCUACAACACGAGUGUCGCUGUUUAUGAUCCCUACAAGAACCAGGUAGUGGAUACUAUCGAUCUACCGGGAAUGUCUGGAGACCCUAUCCUUCAUUUGAGCGGUGUCGUUGUGGAUCCUCAGGGCCUUCUCUCGAUCAUCGUCGAUGCCGGCGCUGCUUUCGACACUGAAGGCCAGGAUAUCUCAGGUGAUAACUUUUUGGUCAAAGUGGAUCCUGCCCGUGGUGAAGUCCUCUGGCGCAAGAACCUUACUGAAGUGACCAAUGGUGUGUAUGGCGGCUUCCAAGAUGCUGCGCAUGACACUCAUGGCAACACUUUUGUCGUUGGCACUUUCCCGUCAAGCAUUAUCAAAGUGGACGCCAAUGGCUCUACCGCGAUCCCGUGGUAUCUGCAGCCCCAGCCUAAUCAGACCGUCCAUGGUCUUACAGGACUUGCAGUCAACGGCAACACUCUGCUUGCCACAGAUGCCUCCGACAGACAGCUCUACCGGUUUAACAUGACCGACAAAAUGGGGCAUAAGGUCCGCGUGCCUCUCCAGGGCAACCAGACUGCUGGUAUCGGUAGCGGAGUUGAUGGAAUUCUUCUGCCAUCCCAGUUUAACGGUACAGUGUUGUUGGUGUCUGACAACACAGAUGGAACCGUUGUCCUCCGUUCAUCCGACGGAUUGUGGACUAGUGCAGAGGUACUUGGAACGGUUCCUAAUGCCUACGGCUCGCAGAACGGUUUCACAGUAGACAAUGUGGAGAUUGGCGGCAGUCUGUACUCUGUUAUUGAAUGGUUCCUCGAUGACAAGAUGCCUGGAUCUCUGGCAGGAAACAGAACCCAGUUCCCCAUAGUUGAUAUCACAAAGGAUGUACUCGCGUUGCUGAAGUAA